AUGGUGCAGGCGCUGGCUGAGCGCGCAGAGGACUUUAUCCUCCAGAGCUACAAGAUUCGGGAUGUGCCGUUGCGGUUGCGACCGGUGAGUACGAGUACUGAGGGCGGAGGGAACAGCGAGCGACGAGGAAUUGAGCAGGACGGAGGGACUAGCGUGGGCUCGAUGGACUCGGCUUUCGUGACUGUCGUCACUGUACCCAUCGUGAUCUCUGAUAGCGGACGUCGCGAGGAGGGAAGGUGCCUAGGCAGCUAUCGUCGUCUCGCUCGGAAUCUGGAUCCUGAUGCUCGGCGUGCUCGGCCUGGCGCCAUUGCCCGAGCUACCGUUGAACGACAAGGCGCUGCAUUUCUUCGGGAUGGGGUUCGCGAGCUUUCUGACGUAUUUCGUGCUCGAGGUGCCGGAGUGAGUCACCCCUGCUCGGCUGGUGCGAGCGAAGCGAGUGCCGGUGCUGCUCUUCUCAAACCUUGGCCCCAUUAA